AUGAACAAUAGUAUUCGGCAAAAUGUUAACGUUAAUGUUUUGCUUUCAUUGCGAUCGUUCUCAGCUACAUUAUUUGUUCGAGGGGAAGAGAAUGACCAAGAACCAUCUGAUAAAGACACACCCGAGAAAAAUAAUACAAAUAAGUUGAUUGAAGAAGAACUGGCUGUUAUGUCAACCAAAUUAAAAGAACUACAGUCGAACUAUCUACUUUCUUUGGCUGACCAAGAGAAUUUGCGUCAACGCCAUCAACGCGAAAUUGCUAAUGCCAAAGAUUUUGCUAUUCAAAAAUUUGCCAAGGAACUUGUGGACUCUAUCGACAUCUUGAAGCUUGCUCUUCAAUCAGUGCCUGGCAAAUUUCGUCAACGAGAAAUGUGUCUUGAACAAGAUAAGUCUGCUAUUGUUGAACAACUCGUGAAUCUUUACACAGGCGUUAGCAUGACAGAGGCGGAAUUUAAAAAGAUGCUGACUCGAUUUGAUAUUCAAGAAGACAACCCUAUUGACCAACCUUUUGAUCCUAAUAAGCAUGAAGCAGUCUUUCAAAUUCCAGCUGAAGAAAAGAAACCAGGUACUGUUGUUCAUGUUCAAAAAGUAGGUUAUACUUUAAAGAAUCGUGUAUUGCGUCCUGCUCAAGUAGGCGUUGUUGCUGAAAAAUAA